AGAUUAAGUUGUUUUCGAGUGCUGAUUGUGUGUAAAUUACCGACAAAAAUGUUGCAGAUGUAACACGCUUCCAAAUCAUUCUGGAGAUUUUGCUUGCAAGUGACGGACGGAAUAAAAUACCAGUAGAGACAAAUUCACGUUUGAAGGUAUACGAAAUGAAACUGAGUUUAAUUGUUUUAUCACUUCUGUUGGUUGCGGAGGGGAUCCACAGCUCUCGCUACAGACGCUUCGAUCCGGCUACCAAAGAGAAUUAUUUAAAACAAGCUAGAGGUGUUCUGGAACGAGUUCCGCUUAUUGAUGGUCACAAUGAUUUUCCGUGGACUCUGCGUAAUUACGCCAAAAAUCAAAUCGCAGCCUUGAAUAUAACUGACUUGACCAAAUUGGAGCCAUGGGCCAGUUCUCCGUCGUCUCAUACAGACAUCAACAGACUGCGCCAGGGUCAGGUCGGAGCUCAGUUUUGGGUGGCCUAUGUGGACUGUAAGACUCAAUACAAGGACGCCCUCGCCAAGACAUGGGAGCAGAUUGACGUCAUACAUCGAUUGGUGGAAGCCAAUCCCAGUACUUUCGAAUUUGUUACAUCAGCAAAAGGGAUCGAGGACGCUUUUAGCCGGGGGAAAAUUGGCAGCCUCGUAGGAGUGGAAGGUGGCCAUUCCAUCGACAGCUCAUUGGGCAUACUCCGUAUGAUGUAUGACAUGGGUGUGCGCUACAUGACAUUGACCCAUGCUUGUCCUACUCCUUGGGCGGAUAACUCCCAACUGGAUAACCCUGGUGGAGUGCCAGUCAAUGAUGGCCUCUCUUCUUUUGGCAAGUUGGUCAUAAAGGAAAUGAAUCGAUUGGGAAUGCUGAUUGAUUUAUCGCACGUUUCACGCAAAACGAUGAGAGACGCACUGGAAACUAGCACAGCUCCCGUCAUUUUCUCUCACUCGUCGGCGUACGCAUUGUGCAACAACACGCGCAAUGUACCCGAUGACAUUCUCAAGUUGGUGGCUCAAAAGGGUGGCGUAGUCAUGGUCAACUUUUAUUCGGACUUCGUGACUUGCAGUAUUUCUCCAGCAACUCUUCAACAUGUUGCAAAUCACAUGGAUCAUAUCCGAAAAGUUGCGGGAGUUGAUAACAUCGGGAUCGGAGCCGACUACAACGGUGUCUCAAGGGUGCCAGAAGGAUUGGAUGACGUUUCGAAAUAUCCGGACUUGUUUGCUGAGUUACUUGCUCGCGGUUGGUCAGAAAGCGACCUGGAAAAAGUUGCCGGAUGGAACUUGCUGCGUGUCUUUAAAGGCACAGAAGCGGUGCGAGAUCAGAUGGCAGCCGAUGGUGUGAAGCCUUUCGACAAUUGGAUUCCGCAGACGGACCUGCCCGUCGAGUCUCUUCCGUGUAGCACCGGCGAUUACAGCAACAACACAUACACUUACCCUAACAAUAAUGCUGGGCGAACUGAAUUUUCUUUUCUCUCCUUUUCCUGUCUCUCUUUAGUUUUUUACUCUUCAACUUUAUUUAUCGGUUAUCUUUAAUUUGCCUAUGAAUAAUUUGCAAGAGCCUAAGCAAAUCUUUAUAUCUUCCAUCCUUCCAGUUAGAUUUUUAGGAUUGUAUCACUUGACUAUGGAAUAUGGAAUAGUCAUGAUUUCAUUAAACUUCCUUAACAAACUUUACACCUUCUUUCAGUGUGGUGUCUGGUGUGGCGGAAAUAUCCACUUUUGGAUUUGGCCAUGGGCAUGGAGAGAUGGUUUCCAGUCUCCAUGUUAAAUUUCCCAUAAGGGGUUGUCCGCUUUUUUUACUAAAAGGUCUCUGUCCAUAUGCCGCGAGAGCCUAGAUCGCGCCACCGUCGGAGAGACCUCCCUAUUCCUCCAUGUAAAAGUCGUUACUCGUUAGUAACAAAGUAGCUUCCCGUCGAAGGACGAACGUCUCGUCUGCCUGAAGCACUGGCAUCAUCUAGCGGUUGUUUUUAACGAUUCAGAGAAUUUCCCAGUGUGCCGCUAGAUGGUGGAAAAUGGCGAAAUGUGUGAACGAGUUAUGUCAUCUUCUGUAUUCGAAUUUUCAUGUUUUACUGCCCAAAAUCAACCAAUUAUUUACAUAAAAAAUGUACCUGCCGUCUAGUCAUCAGAUUAAAUUUGGACUCCAUUU